AAGAGGGGAAGGCUAUUAAAGCGUCUGGCUGCACAGGGCAAUCUCAGCCACGCAGCUGCCCGGCAGGACCAGUGGCCACCUCUGCCCCGCUGCAGUGUCUCCUACGACCUGAUUCUGUCUGGACCGCUGAGCAAGGCCGCCAGCACCCAGGGAAAUGGCCUCCCGAAUGGAACUGUCCAGCAGCAUAGUUGCUCAAGAGGAGCUGGUGAAAACCCUCAAAGCUGAGAAGGCGUCAAUGGGUGAAAUUGACUCUGCAAUGCAGAAAUUAUUGUCACUAAAAAUGAGCUACAAAGCUGCCACAGGAGAGGAUUACAAGGCCAACUGCUCUUCAGAGAACCCGGCACCUGGCAGCAAGGGUGGCCUGGAUGACACAGAAGCUGAGGAGGAUUUCGUGGACCCAUGGACAGUGCAGACGAGCAGUGCAAAAGGCAUUGACUAUGACAAGCUCAUUGUUCGCUUCGGAAGCAGCAAAAUUGACAAAGAGCUGAUCAACCGCAUAGAGAGGGCCAUUGGCCAGAAGCCGCACCACUUCCUGCGCAGAGGCAUCUUCUUCUCGCACAGAGAUAUGAAUCAAGUUCUUGAUGCCUACGAAAAUAAGAAGCCAUUUUAUCUGUAUACGGGCAGAGGCCCCUCUUCCGAAGCAAUGCAUCUAGGUCACCUCAUCCCAUUUAUUUUCACAAAGUGGCUGCAGGACGUGUUCAACGUGCCCUUGGUCAUCCAGAUGACGGACGACGAGAAGUACCUGUGGAAGGACCUGACCCUGGACCAGGCCUACGGCUACGCUGUAGAGAAUGCCAAGGACAUCAUUGCCUGCGGCUUUGACAUCAACAAGACUUUCAUCUUCUCUGACCUUGACUACAUGGGGUCGAGCCCAGAAUUCUACAGGAACGUGGUGAAGAUUCAGAAGCACGUCACCUUCAACCAGGUGAAAGGCAUCUUCGGCUUCACCGACAGUGACAGCAUUGGGAAGAUCAGCUUUCCUGCCAUCCAGGCUGCGCCCUCCUUCAGCAACUCCUUCCCUCAGAUCUUCCAGGACAGGACGGACAUCCAGUGCCUCAUACCCUGUGCCAUCGACCAGGAUCCUUACUUCAGAAUGACGAGAGAUGUCGCCCCCAGGAUCAGCUAUCCUAAACCAGCCCUGCUGCACUCGACCUUCUUCCCUGCCCUGCAGGGGGCCCAGACCAAGAUGAGCGCCAGCGACGCCAACUCCUCCAUCUUCCUCACAGACACGGCCAAGCAGAUUAAAAACAAGGUCAACAAGCACGCCUUUUCUGGAGGGAGAGACACCGUUGAGGAGCACAGGCAGUUUGGGGGCAACUGUGAUGUGGAUGUGUCCUUCAUGUACCUGACCUUCUUCCUUGAGGAUGAUGACAGGCUCGAGCAGAUUCGAAAGGAUUACACCAGUGGAGCCAUGCUCACCGGCGACCUCAAGAAGAUACUCAUUGAGGUCCUGCAGCCCUUGGUGGCUGAGCACCAGGCCCGGCGCGAGGCGGUCACAGACGAGAUAGUGAAAGAGUUCAUGACCCCCCGGAAGCUGUCCUACGACUUUCAGUAGCACUCAUUUUAUGCCCUCAGCACCCCAGCUUAAUCGAAUCACCGCUCCCCUAGGCCCUGCCCCAUGGUGAUUACUGGCCUCGGGUCUGUCAGCCCAUGUGUGUCAAUACUGCUUCUGUGAGCGUCAUCCUGUCCGUCCCUUGUGAGCAAAACCCUGUGGGGUGAUUGGUGCCGUGUAGCGUUGUGUGGUCAGACAGACCAGUCUAGCUGGAGUCUCUCCCACAAAGCAGCCCGAGGGUGUGGCGCCUUUGCCAGAUGUCCUGGUCCACAGGACGGCCUCCAUUUGAAAGCGUCCAACUGUUCCCAAUACACUCUUAAAGCCUGGCCCGUGAAAGCGUAUGUAGCCUGUGUGUGCAUAUCAUGAAACUAAAAAGUGCUUUGAAAAGUCGAUGUGGGGAAGUUUAAUGGGCACAAGAUGUAUUUCAGCCCAUGCUCCAAAAAAAUAAAAACAAUUGCUAGCUAAAA